AUGUUCGGAUUUAGUCAGCGAGCCUGGGGCCCAGGCAUGAUCGUCCUCCAGAUCCUGCGUGUUUUCACGAUCAUCAGCCUCCUGACCGCCGCUGCCUCUUGUUGGGUCCUCAUCAUCAAGAUCAACACCUCCCAAGGCUGGUUCUUUUUCGAGGCUCUCUCUCUCGCGAUGAUGAGCUCAGCCACCAUAUUCCUCGUCAUUUCCGAGUUGCCCUUCUGCAGAGCGUAUUUCGCCAAUCAUUGGCCCGUAUUCUCUGAUGAACACGGCCUCUUUUGGCUUGGAAUCGGUCUGAUACUGAUUGGGACGAACCUCCUCGGCAAGCUCAAUUCGUCGGACUAUAGUGUUGAUGAGUUGGGCCUUCCUUUCUGGCGACUUAUCGUGUCCGCUGGCAUCCUGACCUCCAUCUUCGGCGUUGUGAACCUCAUCUGCACUUUCGCCUUCCGAGGUGUUAACGUCAAUGCUCGCAAGAUUCGGUCCAAUGGAUCCCUCGCGGACGAUGAAUCGUUCGGCAAGCCCCAGUCUAACUACAGCGCAUCAUUUACUAAUGAAGAUCGACCCAAGAAUACUUUCAAGAGAUUCUUUUGGGACAGGAAGAACGAGUCCACACCCCGACGACCUACCAUAAGUCAGCCUAUCACUCGGGAGCGUGACCUUGAGCGUAAUGCCCCUCCUCCUCCUCCUCACUACGAGCAUCAAGAACCCUCUUCCCUCGGCCGGCAGUCACACGACUCUGGCGAGGAUCGCCGUAGUCCCAUCGUCCCUGAAGUUCGUCGCCCAGACACAGCCCUGCACCCGAUGAAUAUUCGCCCUCAUAGCCCAAGCAUGUACUCGGAGGCGCACAUGUCUCGGUUCUAG